AUGACAUACCCCUUCCCAUAUUCACAAGCUGCAAAGCUUGACUCGAGGAUCAAGAUACCUCGGCCGACUUACGACCCUGACCUGGCACCACUGUUGGACUCUGCCUCAUUCCCUGAAGAGUUUGACCUAAACUUGAUGCGCGGAGUCGCGAGUGGCGAACAGGAAUGCUCCCACGGCUCAUUUAUCUUCAAUGCGGAGACUGUCCUUAAAGACAAUCCGCACUUGAGUCAUACAGAGCACUCAAUUCCAGGACCUGACAACAAUAUAAUUACCUUGUCAGUGUUCGAACCCAAUGAGCCAUCAAAGGCACCAAGGCCAGUCUUGUAUCAUAUUCACGGUGGCGGGAUGGUUAGUGGUGACAGAUUCACUGCCGUCACGCCUGUGAUUGAUCUUCUGAAAGGGAUCGAUUGCGUUGUUGUCUCCGUGGAACACCGCCUCGCUCCCGAGACGCGCGCGCCUGGCCCAGCUGAAGACUGUUAUGCGGGGCUUGUUUGGGUUUCUGAGAAUGCUUCGAGUCUUGGAAUUGACCCAGCUGCCAUUGUCGUGUUUGGAGUGUCCGGAGGAGGCGCCCUUGCAGCUGCUACGUGCCUUAUGGCUCGUGAUAGGAAGCGCCCAGCUAUCCCGAUCAAAGCUCAAAUGCUUUACUCGCCUCUCUUGGAUGACAGAUGCGAGAGCUUGGCUGAUCAGCAAUUCGAAUACGGUAACCCUGCCAGUACAGCAUGGCUUCGUGCCAUUUGGGAUCUUAUCCUGGGUGAUGCACGAGGAUCAGAAAAUGUUACACCCUAUCAAGCGCCUGCAAGAGAGACUGAUCUGUCGAAUUUACCAGCUGCAUAUAUCGAUGCUGGGGAAUGUGAAGUCUUCCGCGAUGUUGCAGUUGCUUAUGCAACCAAGAUGUGGCGAGGCGGAUCAACAUGUGAACUUCACAUCUGGCCCGGAGCUUGGCAUGGAUUCGAUAUGAUGGACGAUCCUAACAUGCCACUUAUUCAUGUGGCUAAUAUGGCGAAAGCCAACUGGCUUCAGAGAGUCAUGAGAAGUGUCAAGGAUGAGUAG